AUGGAUUUCAUCGAACACGACCUCAAGAGCCUACUAGACGAGAUGAGGGAGCCCUUCCUGCCCUCCGAGACAAAGACGGUCCUACUUCAGGUGCUCGGUGCAGCCGAGUUCCUGCACUCGCAUUGGAUCAUGCACCGGGAUCUGAAGACUUCGAAUCUACUGAUGAACAACCGCGGGGAGAUCAAACUGGCUGAUUUUGGAAUGGCGAGGUAUUACGGCGAUCCGCCCCCGAAAUUGACGCAGCUGGUUGUUACGCUGUGGUACCGGGCGCCAGAGCUGCUGUUGGGAGCAGACAAGUACGGUACCGAGAUCGAUAUGUGGAGCAUUGGCUGUAUAUUCGGGGAGCUGUUGAUCAAAGAGCCUCUGCUUCGUGGCAAGAACGAAGUAGCCCAACUCUCAGAGAUAUUCGCCCUUACCGGGCCACCAACAUCCCAGACAUGGCCAGGCUUUCGCUCCCUCCCCAACGCCAAAUCACUUCGUCUCCCACCGUCUUCUUCUGAUCCUUCCGGCCCGGCCGUUCCCCUACUACCUCGCUCAAAGUUUCCCUAUCUUACUUCUGCAGGCCUAAGUCUGCUCUCUCACCUGCUCGCGCUCAAUCCGGCAGCCAGACCAACAGCAAAGUCAUGCCUGUCCCACCCGUACUUUCGUGAAGAUCCCAAGCCAAAGCCCAAAGAGAUGUUUCCUACCUUCCCGUCCAAGGCGAAUCUGGAGAAGAGACGGAAGCGUGAUACCCCCGAGGCGCCAAAGAGGGGGGAGGAAGCGCCUAGGCUGGACUUUGCGAAUGUUUUUGGGGGAGGCGAUUCUGGCUCGACAGAGGCUGGAGCUGGUUUUUCUUUGAGAUUGGGCUAGGUCCUGCCGCCUGCAAUGUAUUUUUCAUCUAGCUCCUCUUGUGCAGUACUCUAGAAGACGAUUUACGGCGUUCAAUUGGUCCCUUUGACGUGGCCCGUGAAGAGCUGGUCAUACCCUCCUGCCAUCCACAGCGAAGCCACACAAUUGCCAACACACCCAAGGAUCCUCAUGCCCAAAUCGGCUCUGUGGCAAGGUCAUCGGCGUAACUCAACAAUAUCAAAAUAUUUUUCCUUUUUGCUUUCCUGAGAGCCGCAAGUCACGGGAUGACGUCAUCCCUUUAAGCUUAUUUUGCUUAGUAACCAUGUAAACAUGACUAAGCAGGUCAUCUUCUGCCUCUCGACUUCUUGUGUCUUUUUUGUUGGCAAAUUUGUGGAACCAAACGAAGAAAUAAGGAGCCUGCGCAGCCA